GUCAAAUAUCUUCCCCUACUAAUCCCGUCACACAGGAUCGUACGAUAGUAACCCUGGAAUUUUCUAUCAUUAUUAUUCAGUUAUAAAACAGAAUAUCUCAUGCGCUAAACCAUUCGUCUACAUUUUGUUACAAGUAUACACAUUUGUACAUAAUGUAAGUGAUCAGCCCAGACAAAUACACACCAUGAACGCCAGUAACGUAUUGAGACACAUGAGCUCAUCGACAAGGAAAGGCGUGUGUAGAUAUCUUCAAACAUUGUCGCCCCUCAAUCACCAAGCUAUGACUGUCAGGGGGACCACGCCACCUCAAGAAGAUAUGCUGAGGUUGUGGGGUAAAUUACAACAGGACAACCUUUCCACCACUCAAACAUCACAUAACCUAGACACGUUCAAUUCAAUGGUCUCGGGUAAAACGAUUAAAGGAACAAAAGAGUCUGAGAUCUUUGGAAAGAGAUUGACGUCUGAAAACCCCCGAUUGAACCGACAACCAGUUUUCGGAGAUCUCAUGGUUAUUCAAGAACCAUCGAUGCUGAAACCAACACCAACACUUAUACCUAUAACCACGAAAAAGUGUUUGCUGCAGUGUCUUAAGCGACAACGUUUUAAAAGGAAUGGAGAAAACUUAAAACAAUUCUUAUUUUAAGCAUAGACUAGUAAUUGUGGGGGCUGUGGAAUAACAGGGAAAAAACCCAAAACAAAAAAUCGGCUAGAAGUUGUCAGCGCUUGUCAUUGGAGGUAUAGAACAAUAUCAAAUAAAAUUGUCUGAAAUGAGGAAAAAAGUAACACAAAUAUUAACAUGGAGACAUUAUCUAAAAAAACAAUCUCGAAAAGACUGUACGGUAUCUCAUUACAACGUGUGAGAGCGACGACAAAGCUGUUAUAUAAAUACCAUGCUGAUCGGUAGAAUGAUUUUACUGUAGAGAAAUUCAUUCGAGACACAUGCCUAUUAUCUACAUCUGU